CCAGGCCGCUGUCGCUUCGCUCUGGGCAUGCAGGACGGCUCCAUCCCCGAUUUUCGCCUCUCGGCCUCCAGCGCUUGGUCCGACUCCACCGCAGCCCGCCAUGGCCGGCUGGGCCGCAGUGACGGUGACGGCGCCUGGUGUCCGGCGGGGCCGGUGUUCCCGGCCGAGCAGGAGUUCCUGGAGGUGGACCUGGGCCGGCUGCACGUGGUGACGCUGGUGGGGACACAGGGACGCCACGCGGGGGGACACGGCCGCGAGUUCGCCCACCAGUACCGGCUGCGCUACAGCCGCGACCGGCGGCGCUGGCUGCGCUGGAGGGACCGCUGGGGAGCAGAGGUGAUCGGUGGCAACGAGGACCCCGAGGGGGUGGUGCUGAAGGACCUGUCGCCGGCGCCGGUGGCCCGGGCGCUCCGGGUGUACCCGCGGGCGCCGCGCGCCAUGAGCGUCUGCCUGCGCCUCGAGCUGUACGGCUGCCCCUGGGAGGCCGGGCUCCUGUCCUACACGGCCCCGCGGGGACACGUCAUGGCGCUGGACCCCGUCCCCAUCGUCCUCAACGACUCCACCUACGACGGCUUCAGCGCCGGCCCGUUACACUUCGGGGGGCUGGGCCAGCUCUCGGACGGGGUCCUGGGCCUGGACGACUUCCUGAGGACGCGCGAGCGCCGCCUGUGGCCGGGCUACGACUACGUGGGGUGGCCACGCCCCCCCGGGCCACGCCCACACGUGGAGCUGGAGUUCGAGUUCCAGGAGCUCCGGGCUUUCCACGCCAUGCAGGUCCACUGCAACAACCUCCACACGCGCGGGGUCGGAAUCUUCCGGGCAGUCGAGUGUCGCUUCAAGAAGAGCUUGGCCACGGCCUGGGAGCCCACGGUGGCCACCCACAGCCUGGCCGGGGCCAUCAAGGACCCCAGCGCCCGAGCGGUCACCGUCCCCUUGGGCGGGCGCCACGCCCGGUUCAUCCAGUGCCGCUUCUUCUUCGGCGCUGAUUGGAUGCUCUUCAGCGAGGUGUCCUUCGUUUCAGAGGUGCUGGAUGACCCCGUGGGUGCCAGUGGGUGGCCCCCGACCCCUGACCCCUCCGCCGCCAUCUUGGAAGGUGCCCACCAUGGGGGCGGGGCCAUUAACGUCACCUCCUCGGUAGCCCCUGGGGAGCCCGAACUGGUCCCGCCGGUGGCCAAAGCUGAGCCUGGGCAGUCGCCGGCCCUGCUGGGCUGCCUGGGCGCCAUCAUCCUCCUGCUGCUGGCCCUCCUCAUCCUCACCCUGCGGCACCGCCUCUGCUCCGGGCCGCUGGGCAAGGCCCAGGGCCGCGGGCCGGAGGCGGCGCUGCGGGUGCAGCUCUCGGGUGACACCGUGGUCAUCAACAACGCCACGGGGGGGGGAGGGGCGCGGGGGCUGCCCCGGUACGAGCGGAUCCCGCCCGGAACCGGAACCGGAACCGGAACCGGAAAUGGGACCGGGGAGUACCAGGAACCCACCCGGGCACGGCCCCGACCCCCCCCGCUGCCCCCCGGGGCUGCCAAUCCAGCCUAUCGGCUGCUCCUGGCCACCUACGCCCGGCCAAUGGGAGGCCCCGCCCUCGCCACGCCCGACGGCGCCAAACCAAUCAACACCGACGGUGAGCCCGAGGGCGGGGCGGGCGCCUACGCCGAGGCUGACGUCACCGGAGGCUCCGCCUACGCGCUGGCUGGCCCCGCCCACAGCCCCACCCACGGCCCCGCCCUCCCGACCUUCCCCCGGCACCGCCUGCGCUUCCGGGAGAAGCUGGGGGAGGGGCAGUUUGGAGAGGUGCUGCUGUGCGAGGUCAUCGCCCCCCACACCUUGGACUUGGCCACGCCCCCCUGCUCAGGCCCCGCCCCCACGGACGCAGGGCGCCCCCUGCUGGUGGCGGUCAAGGUGCUGCGGCCGGACGCCACCAAGAACGCCCGGCGGGAUUUCCUGCAGGAGGCGCGCACCCUGGGCCGGCUGCGGGACCCCAACAUCGUGCGGCUGCUGGGGGUGUGCGCGGGGCCCGGCCCCCUCUGCAUCGUCACCGAGUACAUGGAGCACGGAGACCUGCACCAGUUCCUGGGCGGGCCCCGCGGCCACGCCCUCAGUUUUUCCACGCUGCUGCACGUGGGAGCGCAGAUCGCGUCCGGGAUGCGAUUCCUGGCGCGCAGGAAUUUCGUGUACCGGGAAAAAAAUCAGAUUUUAGGGGAGCAAAAAAGGGAUUUUUUAAGGAAAAAAAGAGAAGAUUUUAGCAUGUGAAAAAAGCGAUUUUUUAAGGAGGAAAAGCAAAUUUUAGAGAAGAAAAAAGUAAUUUUUUUUUAGGAGAAAAAGCAGAUUUCAGGGUGGGAAAAUCGGAUUUUUCUUAGUGACAAACACUAUUUCUUGGGGAAAAGCAAAUUUUAGAGUGGGAAAAAAGAAAUUAUUUAAGGAGAAAAAUCAGAUUUUAGAGGAGGAAAAUUGGAUUUUUUGAGGAAAAAAAUCAGAUUUUCGGGUCGGAAAAUGGGAUUUUUUUUCUAAGAGAAAAAUCAGAUUUUAGAGCAGAAAAAAGCCAUUUUUUAGGAGAAAAAGCAGAUUUUGGGGUAGGAAAAUGGGAUUUUUUUAGAAGAAAAAUCAGAUUUUUAGGGGAGCAAAAUAGGAUUUGUUUUUUUAGAAGAAAAAUCAGAUUUUGGGGU